GCGCCCUCAGAGCGAGCCGGGAGAGGAUUGCAUGAGGACGGGAAGGGAACCGAAGGAAGCGAACCAAGGAAAGGAGCAAGGAAGACUUCGCGGAAGGGGCUGUCUGUCUGUCCGCACUUGGCUAGGCUUAACCCGGAUCAGUCGCGGAUCCGGCUCGGAGUGGGAAUAUCUCGCGAGUUUUUUUGUUGUUGUUGUUCCUUUCCCCCGCGCGCAAGACUCUGGGACCGCGGCAAUUGAGAAAGGGGGAAAACAAUAUUAAAGAAGAGCGGGAUCCUACAGUUCGGUGGACUACAACUCCCAUCACCCACGAGGGACCGCGAAGUUGCCCCCACUAUGGGGGCGACCCGGGGACUGGGCCCGGAGCUGCUUUUGCUGCCGCUGCUGCUGGGGCUCCCGGGAUGGGGACGCGCCUUGGAAGAAACACUGAUGGAUACAAAGUGGGUGACGUCUGAGCUGGCAUGGGUGGCUCAUCCCGAAACUGGGUGGGAAGAAGUCAGUGGCUACGACGAGGCCAUGAAUCCCAUCCGGACGUACCAGGUUUGCAAUGUACGGGAAGCUCAGCAAAACAAUUGGCUCCGCACUCAGUUCAUCCAACGGCACGACAUCCAGCGCGUUUACGUGGAGCUGAAGUUCACCGUGCGUGAUUGCAACAGCAUCCCCAACAUCCCGGGCUCUUGCAAAGAGACUUUCAACCUUUUCUACUAUGAGUCCGAUACCGACUCUGCUUCUGCCUCCAACCCAUCCUGGAUGGAAAACCCGUAUAUCAAAGUGGAUACAAUUGCCCCUGACGAGAGUUUCUCCAAGUUGGAAUCUGGACGGAUGAACACCAAAGUCCGCAGCUUUGGGCCCCUUUCCAAGAACGGUUUUUACUUGGCUUUCCAGGACUUGGGGGCCUGCAUGUCGCUCAUCUCUGUCCGUGCCUUCUACAAGAAAUGCUCCAGCACCAUUGCGGGCUUUGCCGUUUUCCCUGAGACCUUGACUGGAGCGGAGCCAACCUCCUUGGUGAUUGCCCCGGGGACCUGUAUCCCGAAUGCGGUGGAAGUAUCAGUGCCCUUAAAACUCUACUGUAAUGGUGAUGGAGAAUGGAUGGUACCUGUGGGAGCCUGUACCUGUGCCUCUGGGUACGAACCAGCUAUGAAAGACACUCAGUGCCAAGCCUGUGGUCCCGGCACCUUCAAGUCAAAACAGGGGGAAAGUCUGUGCACCCCUUGUCCCCCUAACAGCCGGACGACCUCCGGAGCGGCCACCCUCUGCACUUGCCGCAACAACUAUUUCCGAGCAGACACCGACCCCCCGGACAGCGCCUGCACCAGUGUCCCUUCGGCCCCACGCAGCGUCAUAUCCAAUGUGAACGAGACAUCAUUGGUCCUGGAAUGGAACGAGCCCCGGGACUCGGGUGGCCGAGAUGACCUGCUCUAUAAUGUCAUCUGCAAGAAGUGCAGCGUGGAGCGUCGGCUGUGCAUGCGCUGUGAUGACAACGUGGAGUUUGUUCCCCGCCAGCUCGGUCUGACCGAGAGGCACAUCUACAUCAGCAACCUGAUGGCCCAUACACAGUACACCUUUGAGAUCCAAGCUGUGAAUGGAGUCUCCAGUAAGAACCCCCAGAACCCCCAGUUUGCCUCUGUGAACAUCACCACCAACCAAGCAGCUCCUUCUGCAGUUCCUACUAUGCACCUGCAUGGCAGCACCGGAAGCAGCAUGACCCUUUCCUGGGAACCACCCAAACAGCCCAACGGGAUCAUCCUGGACUAUGAGAUCAAGUAUUUUGAGAAGCAGGGCCAAGGCGAUGGCAUUGCCAGUACAGUCACCAGCCAGAAAAGCAUGGUUCGCUUGGAAGGUCUAAAACCCAAUGCUGGCUACAUGAUACAAGUCCGGGCACGCACAGUGGCCGGUUAUGGCCAGUACAGCCUCCCAAUGGAAUUUCGGACACCAAUAGAAGAUGGCUCCAGCAGCAAGAGUUUCCAAGAAUUGCCUCUUAUUGUGGGAUCAGCCACUGCAGGCUUAGUCUUUGUGAUAGCUGUGGUGGUAAUCGCCAUUGUCUGCUUCAGGAAGCAACAGAACAGUACGGAUUCAGAGUAUACAGAGAAACUCCAGCAGUACAUCACUCCAGGGAUGAAGGUUUAUAUUGACCCCUUCACCUACGAGGACCCAAACGAAGCUGUCCGAGAAUUUGCCAAGGAAAUUGACAUCUCAUGUGUGAAAAUCGAGGAGGUGAUUGGAGCAGGUGAAUUUGGGGAAGUUUGCCGUGGUCGUCUCAAGCUGCCAGGCCGGCGGGAGAUCUUUGUGGCCAUCAAGACACUGAAAGUGGGCUACACAGAGAGACAGAGGCGGGACUUCCUGAGCGAGGCCAGCAUCAUGGGGCAGUUUGACCACCCCAACAUCAUACAUUUGGAAGGUGUGGUCACCAAAAGCCGGCCGGUCAUGAUUGUUACAGAGUUCAUGGAGAACUGUGCGCUCGACUCAUUCCUGCGGCUAAACGAUGGACAAUUCACUGUGAUCCAGCUGGUUGGGAUGCUACGUGGCAUCGCAGCUGGCAUGAAGUACCUCUCAGAGAUGAACUAUGUGCACCGGGACCUGGCAGCCCGCAACAUCCUCGUCAACAGCAACCUGGUCUGCAAAGUGUCUGAUUUUGGUCUCUCGCGCUUUCUAGAAGAUGACCCUACAGACCCCACCUACACCAGCUCACUGGGUGGCAAGAUCCCAAUCCGGUGGACAGCUCCGGAAGCAAUUGCAUACCGCAAAUUCACUUCUGCCAGUGAUGUAUGGAGUUAUGGGAUCGUCAUGUGGGAAGUCAUGUCCUACGGGGAGAGGCCUUACUGGGACAUGUCCAACCAGGAUGUGAUCAACGCUGUAGAGCAAGAUUACCGCCUGCCGCCCCCAAUGGACUGCCCCACGGCGCUGCACCAGCUCAUGUUGGACUGUUGGGUGCGCGACCGCAACCUCCGCCCCAAGUUUGCACAGAUAGUGAACACGUUGGACAAACUGAUCCGCAACGCCGCCAGCCUCAAGGUCAUCGCCAGCGUGCAGUCUGGCGUGUCUCAGCCACUCCUGGAUCGCACUGUGCCAGACUAUACUACCUUCACUACUGUGGGCGACUGGCUGGACGCUAUCAAAAUGGGACGGUACAAGGAGAACUUUGUCAACGCUGGCUUUGCCUCCUUCGACCUGGUGGCCCAAAUGACCGCGGAGGACUUGCUCAGGAUAGGGGUGACGCUAGCAGGACAUCAGAAGAAAAUCCUGAGCAGCAUACAGGACAUGAGGUUACAAAUGAACCAGACGUUGCCGGUUCAGGUUUGACAACCAAGGACUCUGGGUUUGGAACUGACCCGCUGGGAAAUCUCCCUUGGAUUCUAGUUUGUGGUGCUAACCAACUUCCAGAGUUUGGGGGCUGAGAGGGGGCCGCCUCCCUCCUCCUCCCUCCGACCUCAACCCACCCCUUUAUGUGCGGCUUCUCAACAGACCCAGUGCUGGCAUGGACUAGGGUGACCCUAGCGAGAUUAAAGGCACUCCAGGAGGGGCAAGAAGGAACGCUGCCUUUCCCCCUUUCCUUUCCCCCUUUUUUGCUGUUGCGUGCUUUGAACGGCCCGCCAGCAUUGCAGAGUCUUCAUAUUGAAGACAGAUUAUGGGGUGGACCUCUUUCCCUGCCUUUGCCCCCUUUGUUCAUCCCGGCGUCCAUCGUCUCCCUCCAACGGUGCCACGGUGGUCAGCUCUUCUGCACCCUUGGGUUUCUUUUAACUCGACACUCCCCGAGAUCUCUGUCUGUGCCAUUCUGGGCACCUGCUCUGGUGACUUCUCCACCUCCAUCCCCUGCAACGAGGAAAAGACGACUCCUGCCGACGAAUGAAGGAUGUCGGCACCUUUGUUGGAAAGGGGGAAAGGGAGGAGGAUCUGGAGGGAUCCCACCCCCUCGAUGUGGACGGAGACAAUCGUGCCAGUUCCGCCUUCAGGGAGACUGCGGUGGAUUCAGUUAGGCCCAGCACAUUGGAACUACGAAGCCAGGGGCCAUUUCUAGGCAUUUCCAGGGGCCCAUCAGCACGUGUUUUGCACAGAGAUCACAUGGACGGACAUCCGCACAUUAAAAAGGCAGUCGGCCGGCCCAGCGGGAUUCAAGCGGAGCAAGGCUGAGAGCCGUGGCACGGUUUUCCUUCCUCGCCUCUCCCGGCUUCAUGUUUUAUGCAGGAAGGCACAGGCUCUGUGAACCGCCCGCCCGUCUCCGCGGAUCCCUUUCUUGACACACGCUGUGAUUGCUGCCAAAAAGACUGGAACACUUCUCUCUCUUUUUUAUUUUAUUUUUUUGGGGUUCUUUUUUUUUCUCCCGUUGUUGUUGUUGCUUUCUUCCGAAAGCCUAUGCGGCCCUGAGCCAGAGGGCGAAAGGGGCUUCCUCUCGGAGCGGCGGGCGAGCUUGCAUGUGUACGAGUGCGUGUACUGGCCAUCUGGACCGUGCGAGAGGGCAUGGGCCGAAUAAAGGCAAUAACAAUUUUA